AUGAAUUUUGCUCAUGAAGUGGAUGCUAAACUCCAGAAGUUGAGGUAUGCAUAUUAUGCUGGAAUUUCUAAGUCAAGAUUGCCUCUUUUACCCAUACAAAAUGAUUUAGUUCCUGCUAAAAAUGAAAUUGUUCCCAGGAAGGAUAUGCCUAUUAAGAAAUUAACCCUUGAAGAAAUCCAAUAUAAACGGCAGAAUAAUCUUUGUUCUUAUUGUGAUGAAAAAUUUGUGAGGGGUCAUAAGUGUGCAAGGAAACAAAUCUUGUUGUUGGAUAUGGGUUAUAAUAGUUCUGAGGAAGAGGAAAUAGUUCAUGAAUUACAACAAAUUGAACAAGUGGAUGAGGUGAAUGCUUGUUGUAUCACAGCUUGUACUUUGUAUGGUACUCCUGCCCCUAUUUGUAUUAAGACUAUGAAACUCAUUGCUGUAAUUAAAAAUUGUCCUAUUGUGGUAUUAUUAGACUCUGGAAGUUCUCAUAAUAUCAUCGAUAUUGGCAUGGUUAAGAAGUUGGGUUGGAAGUUAGAUCAGUCUCUUAUUUGUGAUGUCAUGAUAGCUUAUGGCGAACAAGUUCAGAGUAAGGGUUGUUGUGCUGCAGUUCCUUUAGACAUCGGGACUUAUGUAUAUACCUCUGAUAUGCUUGCUUUGCCAUUAGGAGGCUGUGACAUUGUGUUAAGGGUUCAAUGGUUGAGAACUCUUGGUCCAAUCUUGUGGGACUUUGAGAGAUUAACUAUGAAGUUUUGGCAUGGGAAUGAGCAAAUUUGUUUGUUCAGUUCUAAGCCUCAGCCUCCACAGCCUGUUUCUUGUCAUCAGAUGGACAAGUUGUUGCAUUCAGGUUGUUAUGGUGUGAUUCUCUGUGCUAUAGAAUGUGAAAAUAUGACCAAACCUACAGAUGAUUUAUCCUCACCACAACAGCACGAAUUGCAAGCCUUGUUGGAUUAUUUUUCUGCAGUCUUUGGCACUCCAACUAUUCUGCCUCCUGUGAGAGAACAUGAUCAUCGGAUCCCACUGAUUUCUGGCUUGAAACCGCCAAGCAUUAGACCAUAUGCUUAUGGACCACUUCAAAAGUCAAAAAUUGAAAAGUGCGUCAAAAAGCUGCGGGGCUCUGGAUUUAUAAGGAACAGUCAUAGUCCUUUUUCUUCUCCUGUUUUGUUGGUUAAGAAGAAGGAUAGCACAUGGAGAAUGUGCAUGGAUUACAGGCAGUUAAUCAAGUUAACUAUAAAGGAUAAAUAUCCAAUUCCAGUUAUUGAUGAUAUGUUGGAUGAAUUGCAAUGGGCAAAUACUUCAUGGUCAGAUCAUUUGAGGCAUUUACAUACUGUUUUGGAAAUUUUGAAGCAUCAUCAACUUUUUGUCAAGAUGUCCAAGUGUGCCUUUGGAGUUUCUACUAUUGAAUAUUUAGGCCACAUCGUCUCUAGGCAAGGAGUUUCAGCUAAUCCUUUCAAAUUAAAUGCAGUUGCUGAUUGGCCUGUACCUACUUCUGUUAAAAGUUUGAGAGGAUUUUUGGGUCUCACAGGCUAUUAUCGAAAAUUUAUUCCUCACUAUGAUAGGAAAAGUUUCCCACUGACUCAGUUAACCAAGAAGGAUGGAUUUUUGUGGACUCCAGAGGCUACUACUGCCUUUCACAAACUCAAGGAACUCAUGUUAUCUCCCAGGGUUCUCACCUUGCCAGAUUUUACAAAACCUUUUAUCAUUGAGAGUAAUGCUUCUGGAUCUGGUAUAGGAGUUGUGUUACAACAGGAAGGCAGGCCUAUUGCUUUUACCAGCAAGACUCUAGGUCCUAGAAACCAAGCCCUUUCCACUUACGAGAGGGAAAUGAUGGCAAUUGUUCAUGCCAUCAAGAAGUGGCAUCAUUACUUACAAGGAAGACACUUUAUCAUUAAGACAAAUCACCAUAUGUGUGAGCUCUCGUCUCUCUCAACACUUCUUCCUAGUCUAUUCUCUUCCCUUCUAUGUUCUCCUCUUUAUCUUUUCUCCUCUUCUCUCCGUUUUAGUCCAGAUGAUUAA